AUGGUGCGGGUGCCGUGGGGCGUGCUGCUCGCCGCCGCGCUGCUCGCCGCCGCGCUGCUCGCCGCGGGCAGCUCAAGAGCUCGUGGGCAGAUGGUGGCAGUGGCCCAACCUGGGCUGUGUCACUUUGGUUCUAAGUUGGAUUGUUGCUAUGGCUGGAGAAGGAACAACAAGGACCACUGUGAAGCUGUCUGUAGACAUGGCUGCAAGUAUGGCGAGUGCGUGGGACCAAACAAAUGCAAAUGCUUUCCUGGAUUUACAGGGAAAACCUGUAGUCAAGAUCUGAAUGAAUGCGGCCUGAAACCCCGUCUUUGUGAGCACAGGUGUAUGAAUACCCAUGGCAGCUACAAGUGCUACUGUCUUAACGGGUACAUGCUUAUACCAGAUGGAAAAUGUGCAAGCUCCAGGACAUGUGCCAUAGUAAACUGCCAAUAUGGAUGUAAAGAAGUCCAAGGGGAAGUACAGUGUCUUUGUCCAUCAGUGGGCCUUCAGUUGGGACCAAAUGGGAGAACAUGCAUUGAUAUUGAUGAAUGUUCCAGUGGCAAAACUCUUUGCUCUUACAACCGCAGAUGUGUCAACACGUUUGGAAGCUAUUAUUGCAAGUGUCGGCUUGGAUAUGAACUGAAAUAUAUCAAUGGCCAUUACAACUGCGUAGAUGUAAAUGAAUGUGUGGCAAAUACACACAAGUGUAACAUCCAUGCAGAGUGCCUCAAUACCCAGGGAACCUUCAGAUGCAAAUGUAAACAGGGCUACCGAGGAAGUGGAUUYGAUUGCUCUGUUAUCUCUGAAAAGUCUGUGAAGGAAAUUCCAAGAACUCCUGGAGCAGUUAAGGACACAAUUAAGAAACUUCUUGUACAUAAAAAUAGUGUGAAAAAACAUGAAGCAAUGAAGAAUGUAAUUCCAGAACCAGCCAUGACACCAGCUUUUAAGGCCCACUUGCAGCCAUUUGAUUAUGGAGGUGGUACCUAUCUUGGUGGGAGCUACAGUGAAAAAGAGACUGAGAUUGCUAGAGCAGAGGAGAUGGAGGACAUAGAAGAGGAAAAAAAGGAAGAUUUUGAGAAUCAGAUCAACCAAGAGCAAAGCAUUAGAGGAGAUGUUUUUUUUCCCAAGGUUAAAGAAGCAGCUGCUUUUGGCCCUUUUCUGGCACAGAAGAAAGUUCCAAUAUCAACACCAGAGCAAGAAGUUGACUGCAGCUUCAGUCACGGGGUCUGCGACUGGAAACAAGAUACUGAUGAUGACUUUGACUGGAAUCUUGCUGAUCGAGAUAGUGGUGAUGGUUACUACAUGGCAGUUCCAGCCUUUGUGGGUCACAAGAAGGAUAUGGGCCGACUAAAACUUCUCCUUACUGACCUCAAACCAAGAAGUAGCUACUGCUUGAUUUUCAGCUAUCGUCUUGCUGGUGAGAAAGUGGGGAAACUUCGAGUCUUCCUGGUCAGCAAAAAAACUGCUCCUGUCUGGGAGGAAAGCAAAGGAAAAGAUGAAAGGUGGAGAACUGGAAAAAUAGAAAUAUUUCAGGGAGCUGAAACAACAAACAGCAUCACUUUUGAAUCAGAACGUGGGAAAGGCAAAACUGGAGAAAUUGGAGUGGACAAUGUUAUACUAGCUUCUGGUCUAUGCCCUGAAGAUACCUGA